UAUAUAUAAUCCCCAAUUUAUUUGUGUCACCCUAAAAUGUAGGAAGGAUUGUAAUGAAGGUCCUAGAAUUAAAACACAGAUCGAAUUUUUAUUAAAAUCAGUUAAAGUAAAAUGUAGGGUACUAUGUUUUUCAUAGGUGUACCGUACUUAAAGUAGAGUCAAAUGCCGUGAUUUUGGCAAUUAAAUAGAACUGUGUGCAACUGCUCAAUAAAACAAAGGGAUCGCGUUUUGAUAUCAAUAAACCAUUUCUGUGAAUAACCGCAACAAGUUCGUUUCCGGUACAAGCUUUAAUUUGGCCUUUUAGCGAUCAUCUAUCUAAGUCCUUAUAAACCUUUGACAGCGAAUGAUCAUUCAUCAGUCGCCAACGUAUCGCAAUGGGCUCCUCUCUAUGUUCCGUCUCUUAUCUGGCGGUGUUGGCAAUUAUCGUCCUUGCAAGCAAUAUUGGAGUCCAGGCUAAAAGAACGAUCAGAAUCCAUAAAUUAGAAAAGGUGGCUCAGGAUACCACAUAUCUGCGCAGCCGUCUACGAAUCGCUGAGUCCGAGAUAAAUGAGUUAAAAAUAGAUGGAUCUCUCGAUCUGAUUCACAGCCUCAACAAUGAUUGGACGGUUGUGUUUAAGGUUUUAAGAUCCCCGGAUGGGGACGCAAACUUCGAAAAAGUUUUAACACUCGAAAUUCAGCUUUGUGACUUUAUGAAGAGCUACUACAAGGAUAUAUUUUACGAACGGAUUAAGGACUACUCGAAUGCCCCACAUCCGAGCAAAUGUCCUCUGCCCAAGGAGCAUUAUGUUCUACAGGACUAUCCUCUCAACGUCAAGGUGCUCAAAAAACUGAUGAGUCCGGGCUUCUAUCGCAUAAAGUAUACCCUUAAGAAUGAAGAGACAAAAAUAUUAUCGUAUGUGCUGGAGAUGGAGUUGGAGGAGGACUAAUCAAUCCCGAAAUUUGCUGGCUCAAAUGUUUCAUUUAAUGCGUGGAAAAUAAAACUAUUCGUAUGAUUGCAUCUGCUUCAA